AUCUACGAUGGCCUUAACCCAGACAUGCCUUUCUUCAGAUCAAUCACACGCGUCUAACGUGUGCGCGAGCGCAUCGCCCUUUGCGAUUAAUCUCGCAAGUAGGACUAGACAUGUAUGAAGGUAUCACCCGGAGUACUAUCCUUAGCAUUGCGCAUGCCACAAGCGCUCGUUGGGUCCACGAGGGGUCCACGAGACAAGGUCUAGACGGGAUGGCUUCAAGACCAUGGUCGGAUAGCUGAAAGCGUAUAAUCAUUCAUAUUCGUCGCAUUUCGCCCUUUCUGUCAGGUCUGUCAAGUUGUCUCUUCCUGACAUCUUAUCGAAGUUGCUCGUCUUCGGACUAUCCAUUUCCUUUUUGGUCGCUUGUUUUCUUUUCUGUAUCUUUGUUUCGCUUCGUUGGAUUAUAUUUCUUGUUUCAUCUAGGUAGUCAACAUUCUGUGAAGGUUGACAAGAUUGAUAAUCACUUACAUUUCCUCAUUCUCUUUAUCUCUCUCCUUCUCAACCCCCACUAUCGUCGCCAUGUCUUCCGAUAACAAGGGUCGCACCCCCACGUCUUAUUCAGAUAUGGAUUCCCAAGAUCAUCAGUACCAGAGCCAUAUGAAAAAGCUUCGCCUAGUUGAUAACGCGAGCGUUGGUCUCACCGGACUUGCCCUUCUUUGUGGUGUGACUAUCCUCGGAACUGCUGCCGAUACCCUAGCUGUCUAUAACGCUACUCAUCUCCCGAGCGAUUUCCACUUACCGUUAUGGCCCGAUCACUUCGAUCUACGACCCACAGUAGCUCUCGUCGUUGGCAGCACCAUUGUGGUCGUUGCCAAUAUUGUAUCUCUACUAUGUAGCAAAGUCAAGGUGCUUCAAAACCAGACCUCAAUUCACACGCCUGUUGCUUUUGCCGUACCAUUUGUUGGCUUUACAGCUGUCAUGAUCAGCAUGAUAUUCUUCUAUGCUGUCAACGCAUCAGCCACAAAUGAUACGCUACAGAGCUGGAGUUGCCAGUGGGGAUUUGCGAGUACGGGCGCGAAGCCGCAGUUUGGCACUCUAUGUAGCGAAAGCCGAACAGCCCUGUACCUAUCUGUUAUAUUGGUUCCUAUCGAGUUGAUCGUCUUUACCGUGGCUGGCUAUCAGUCGGUUUUGGAACGGAAGGCGCUCAGUUUCAUUCCGUCUCACAAGGCCGGUAGUCCUGUACCAUCAGCAUGAGACACUAACAAGCAAGGAGAGGACCGGGCUAGCUCUCGACCUGCACGUAGCCGCGGGCUAAUGCCAUGCAAUAUGGCGAUGAUCCAUGCAAAGUUGUCGGGGCCCGGCCACGAUGAGAAAUAAUGUGCGCAGGCAAAAUCGCUUAUACGAAACAACAAGUACAGAAAGCAAUGGUGGUAAUCUGUAUAACAGCUGUAAUAGGUCAUCGUUGGAAAGUGGCGAUGCAAUUAACACUAUCUGAAUUGACGCUGCGGGUUGACGUUC